AUGGCUGCGCAAACCCCCGCUGGCCCCCAGUCAAGGCCGUACGUCGUGCUGCCCCAGGGCACUUACAUCGGCAUUACCGUGCCACAGUCCUACAAGUACCCCAAGGCCUUCGAGGCAUUCCGCGGCAUUCCUUAUGCGCAAGAUACUUCUGGUCAAAACCGUUUUCGCCCGCCGCAGCCACUUCCUAAGUCCUCUCAGACCUUCGAUGCGCGUUUCUGGGGCCCGGUCUGCCCCUCGGGCGGCGUGCUCCGCCCCAACAUGAGCGAGAACUGUUUGAAUCUCAACGUCUACCGCCCCGCGGGUAUUGUGGUCGACCGCAAGGGCUUUGCUGCAGACGGGAAGCAUCCUCGUCUGCCAGUCGCUGUAUAUAUUCACGGUGGUGCCUUCAAUUGGGGUCAUGGAGGCGAGAGAAACAUGGGCAGCUUCAUCUCGUGGAACGAACAGCCUAUGAUCUCGGUCGUGUUCAACUAUCGCAUCGGCGCGCUGGGCUUCUUGCCGUCCAACGUGACGGAGCGCGAGGGGUUGUUGAACCUGGGCUUGCGCGACCAGCAAAUGCUGCUGGAGUGGGUACAGGAGAAUAUCGAGGCUUUCGGGGGCGAUCCGAAUAAUGUCACGAUUAUUGGUCUCAGUGCAGGUGCACACUCCAUUGGUCAUCACAUCAUGCACUACGCUCGCACGAAGAAGCCGGCGCCCUUCCACAAGGCGAUCCUCGAGUCUGGAGCUACGACUGCUCGUGCAGUGCUCUACCCGAACCAUCCCCGCCACGAGACACAAUUCCGCGAGUUCCUGGCCGCUGCCGGAGCCUCUCACGUCCCCGAGGCCGAGCUCUUCCCCUACCUCCGCAAUCUCCCCCUCGAAACCAUCAUGCGCGCCUCCAACUCCGUCUGGAACAAAUACACCGCCAGCGUGACCUGGCCCUUCCAGCCCGUCAUUGACGGCCCCAACCCUCACGCCUACUCUCGCCAUCUACCAUCUGCCCGCGACCUAACCAUCCCCGUAAUCCCCGACCUCCCCAUCGCCUCCUGGCUCGCCGCCUCCCACCUCCGCAUCCCCAUCAUAACGGGCUACAACACCAACGAAGGCACAAACUUCAUUCCGCAGCACGCCGAUACCCCGGCCGAUUUUCGCAACUUUUUCAAGACCCUCAUUCCCUCGCUCACCGAAGCCGAUCUGGCGGAGCUGGAUCGGUUGUACCCCGAUCCCGUCGCACACCCAGCUACGAGUCCGUAUGUGAAGGUGCCCAAGGGGUUCGGACGGCAAUGGGCCAGGCUGGAUGCGGCGUAUUCGCAUUAUGCGUAUAUCUGUCCGGUGUUGCAGACGGCGCAUUUCAUGACGCUGGCGGGGGUCGAAAAUGUGUAUGUGUAUAGGUAUGCGGCGGUUUCCGGGUUGGGGUAUGCGAAUCACGGGGAUGAGGCGGCGGUGGUGAGUCAUGAUGUCGAUGCAAUUGGGCGGUGGGCUGGCGUCGUGAAGAUAGCGGACGAAAUGUGCUCGAGGUGGGGAAGGUUUGUGGUGAGCGAGACGGGGGAUGUCAAUAGGGGCAUUAAGGAUUUGAAUUGGCCUAAGUUUGUGUCCCCUUUUUCUGAAAAGGAGGGGGCAGGGCAGCUACUGGUGUUUGGAGAGGGGAAUAAUGAGAGGGCUGGGGGGAAGAGUAUGGGUGUACCGGUGCAGGUGAGGACGCUGACUGAGUUGGAGAAGCAGGCGUGCAAGUUUUGGUGGGAGAGGGUUUGGUUGAGUGAGGGCAUGGGGGUGCCUAGGGGAGGGGGGGGAAGGCGAGGUUAUGACUAUAUGGUCGGAGCAGCUUGUCGCCUCCGGUUUUACCUCCUUGGUACCGCUACCCGGGAGAGAAUGGAUGGAGAGGAGAGUUGGGAUUGUGGCGACAGGAUGAGAAGACUUGGCUUCGCCAAUACGAGACGAAGGAACACGGCUACGGAUAUGGGGCUGUUGGGCAGGUCUCGUUGUUAG